AUGCAAAUGCCAGAUUUUAACAUUGAUGAUCUUCUUGCUGAGCAACCCUCAACACAAGCAGAACCCCUUUCAAGGCAGGAAGACCCCCCUACAACACAUCACGAUGAAUAUAUGUCUCCCAACUCAUCUCAAUCACCUACAACGAAUGCAAAUGAACAUGUGGGCAGGGGAUAUCGACAGAAAAUGGCCACUAGGUGUGGAACUGGGGGCCAUUUUUGA